GUCUCACACUCUUUUAGUGCCACGUGUCAUCACCUCACUGGACCCCACGGAUGGUAGAUAUAAGGUUAUAAACACAUACAUACAAGCUCUCUACCCUCUCUUCUCUCUUUCUAUCGCCGUCGGCGAUCAAUCCAUACAUAUACAUAUAUAUUUCUGAAUCUAUACAUACAACUAAUUUAAUUCGUGUAUCUAUCUUUAAUUAAUGCACGAUCUGUGACACUUAACCAAUUAGCUAUAUCUGUACGUGCUGGUGGAUGCAUUAAUUUGGGCGUGAAUUCGACUUGGAGAUUCUUAUUGAUAUAAUCGAGGGUGAUUGUGAAAAUUAGGGCUUUUUCUUUCUACGUUCAACAAAGAGAUGUCUGGGCCUCUGGAUCGGUUCGCGAGGCCUUGUUUUGAGGGUUCCUCUGGUAAUGAUGAGAGAAGGGAAAGAAAAUCUGAUUUUGAAAAUUCAGAGGAUGAAAGAAGGACGAGAAUUGGCUCUUUGAAAAAGAAAGCUCUGAAUGCAUCAUCCAAGUUCAAACAUUCUCUCAAGAAGAAGAGUAGUAGACGAAAAAGUGAUGGCCGAGUUAGCUCUGUUUCUAUUGAAGAUAUCCGGGAUGCUGAGGAGCUACAAGCUGUGGAUGCAUUUCGUCAAACACUUGUCUUGGAUGAACUGCUGCCUGAACAACACGAUGAUUAUCAUAUGAUGCUGAGAUUUUUGAAGGCAAGGAAAUUUGACAUUGAAAAGGCGAAGCAUAUGUGGGCUGAGAUGAUCCAAUGGAGGAAGGAUUUUGGCACUGACACGAUUUUGGAGGAUUUUGAAUUUAAAGAGUUUAAUGAAGUUCUGAAAUAUUACCCUCAAGGUAACCACGGCGUGGACAAAGAGGGGAGACCUGUCUAUAUUGAAAGAUUAGGAAAAGUUGAACCUAACAAACUUAUGCAAGUAACAACUAUGGAUCGAUACAUAAAAUACCAUGUAAGAGAGUUUGAAAAAACCUUCAAAAUUAAGUUUCCUGCAUGUUCAAUUGCUGCAAAGAGGCACAUUGAUUCGAGCACAACAAUUUUGGAUGUUCAAGGCGUGGGAUUGAAGAAUUUCACCAAGGUAGCACGGGAACUUGUUAUGAGGCUCCAGAAAAUAGAUGGUGACAACUACCCUGAAUCACUUCAUCAAAUGUUUAUCAUCAAUGCUGGUGCUGGAUUCAGACUGCUGUGGAGUACUGUCAAGUCUUUUCUUGAUCCCAAAACAACUUCAAAGAUUCAUGUACUUGGAAACAAAUAUCAGAACAAAUUGCUUGAGAUUAUAGAUGGAAGUGAAUUGCCAGAAUUCCUUGGGGGUACCUGUACUUGUGCAGAUCAAGGAGGCUGUCUUCGUUCUGAUAAAGGGCCAUGGAAAAAUCCUGACAUUUUAAAGAUGGUUCUGAGUGGGGAAGCAGGACGUGCAAGACAGGUUGUUAAAGUUUUAAACAGUGAGGGAAAGGUAGUUGCUUAUGUUAAGCCUCGCUACCCCGAGGUAAAAGGCAGUGACACAUCCACGGCUGAGUCAGGAUCUGAUGCUGAAGAUAUUGCUUCUCCAAAAGCAAUGAGGAGUUAUUCGAGUCUUCGUUUGACUCCUGUUCGUGAAGAAGCCAAGGUAAAUGGUUCUGCUGGCCAUGCUAGUACCUUCUUGGGCUAUGAUGAAUAUGUACCCAUGGUUGACAAGGCUGUUGAUGCUGGAUGGAAGAAGCAAGCAUCCUUUAAGAAGGUUACUGCUUCCAAAGGGACGCCUACACCUGCGCCUACACUGCCUGCCUCUCAAAAGGCACCAGAAGGAAAUCGUGCUCAGAUCAUAGCAUUGCUUAUGACUUUUUUCAUGACCCUUUACACAUACUUUUACUCCGUGGCCAGGCACGUAAUCAGUAUAAAUCCUGGAAAAUCUUCUAACAAUGAUGAAAAUGUUAAGGAAAUUACCACUGAUUCAAUGCCCGAGAAUGAACAUUCCCCCUCUCCACCUACUCCAAAAUUUUCUGAGACAGAAUUGCUCGCUUCUGUUCUUAAAAGACUGGGAGAACUUGAAGAAAAGAUGGAUACAAUUAAGGCAAAGCCCUCUGAGAUGCCCUACGAGAAAGCAGAAUUACUAAAUGCUGCUGUUUGCCGUGUGGAUGCGCUAGAAGCUGAGUUGAUUGCUACAAAAAAGGCUCUUCAUGAAGCUUGGAUGAGGCAAGAGGAACUGCUUGCUUAUAUAGACAGUCAAGAAGAAGCUAAGUUUCGGAAGAAGAAGUCUUGCUGGUGAAAGCCGGGGGUAGCUUGUGUGUAGAUGGGCUUCGCUCAUAUGUGUGGAUAUGCUUGGUUCUCUUUCAGUUCAUGUUUUUAUACACGUGUAUGCACAUUGUACCCCUAUUAAUGUUGACGAGUUGUUUCAGAAUGUGUAAGUCGACAUCGUGAUGGGGUACAUUUUAUGUAAAAAUUUGUGUGCCUGAGAUUUUCUUUACCACUCAUGAGGGCUAAAUGUAUGUUUCACUUGAAGUGAAUCGACAUAAUUUAAGAAUGCUGCCCCGCUUGAAUAUUGAA